GGACGACGCCUGCGCAGUGGUCGCCGCCGGCGGGCUGGCUGACGCUGGCGGGUUGAGGGAGUUCCUGCCGGUGGCUGUCACCGCCCCGUUUCUCUCCCGAUGGUGCGCUCCUGAAGCCAGCUGCCUGCGGGCGUCGCCCCGUGAUGGAGCACAUCCGGACGACCAAGGUUGAACAAGUGAAGUUACUUGACCGGUUUAGUACCAACAACAAGUCACUGACGGGAACCCUGUAUCUUACGGCCACACAUCUGUUGUUUAUUGACACUCAGCAAAAAGAGACCUGGAUACUACACCACCAUAUUGCCUCUGUGGAGAAGCUUGCUCUCACCACUUCUGGAUGCCCACUCGUGAUCCAGUGCAAGAACUUCAGGAUUGUGCAUUUCAUCGUUCCCAGGGAAAGAGAUUGCCAUGAUAUCUAUAACUCUCUGCUGCAACUGUCAAAACAAGCAAAAUAUGAAGAUCUCUAUGCAUUCUCUUAUAAUCCCAAACAAAAUGAUUCUGAACGACGGAAGGGUUGGCAGGUCAUUGACCUUGCUAAGGAAUAUGAGAGGAUGGGCGUGCCCAAUGAGAACUGGAAACUGUCCGAUGCCAACCGAGAGUACAAGGUCUGUGAGACUUACCCAAGAGAGCUGUAUGUUCCAAAGACAGCCACCCCGCCAAUGAUCAUGGGCAGUUCCAACUUCCGGAGCAAGGGCAGACUUCCGGUCCUGUCCUACUGCCGGCAGGGCACUGAGGCUGCCAUUUGUCGAUGUAGCCAGCCAUUGUCAGGCUUCAGUGCCAGGUGUGUGGAGGAUGAAAAGUUGCUUAAAGCCAUUAGUGCAGCCAACUCAGGAAACCAUUACAUGUAUGUUGUGGAUACCAGGCCCAAGCGUCGCAUGCAGAGCUGGUGGGAUACACAAAAGGACAUUGGCAGAAUUAUAGUGAGGAUCUCUUCAAAGAUCUGGAAUGAUGAGAAAAUAAGAGAAAGCGAUGAGAGAAAGCGACUGAAUGCAAUGGCUAACAGAGCAGCCGGAAAAGGUUAUGAAAAUGAAGACAACUAUUCUAAUAUUAGAUUUCAGUUUGUUGGAAUAGAAAAUAUUCAUGUCAUGAGAUCCAGUCUUCAGAAAUUACUAGAAGUGAAUAGCAACAAGGGGCUGUCUGUCAACGAUUUCUACUCUGGUUUGGAGAGCUCGGGAUGGCUUCGCCAUAUCAAAGCUGUUUUGGAUGCUGCAAUCUUCUUAGCCAAGGCAAUAGUGGUUGAAAAUGCAAGCGUGCUGGUGCACUGUUCGGAUGGCUGGGAUCGGACUUCCCAAGUUUGUUCCCUGGGUUCGCUUUUGUUGGAGCCUUACUACAGGACAAUGGAAGGAUUCAUGGUUUUAAUAGAAAAAGACUGGAUAUCGUUUGGGCAUAAAUUUUCAGAGAGGUGUGGCCAUUUGGACGGUGACCCGAAGGAAGUCUCCCCGGUGUUUACUCAGUUCUUGGAGUGUGUGUGGCAUCUGACUGAGCAGUUCCCACAAGCCUUUGAGUUCAACGAAGCGUUUCUCCUUCAGAUCCACGAGCAUGUUCAUUCAUGCCAGUUCGGGAACUUCAUUGGGAACUGUCAGAAGGAAAGAGAGGAACUCAAGUUGAAGGAGAAGACUUACUCCCUGUGGCCCUUUCUUUUGGAUGACAGACAGAAGUACUUAAAUCCUCUCUACAGUUCCAAAUCUGAGAGACUGACAGUCUUGGAGCCAAAUACGGCUUCUUUCAAUUUUAAGUUUUGGAGAAACAUGUACCACCAGUUUGAUCGGACGCUCCAUCCUCGACAGUCUGUAUUGAAUAUAAUUAUGAAUAUGAAUGAGCAAAACAAGCAGUUAGAGGAAGACAUUAAAGACCUAGAAGCUAAAAUUACGCAGUGCAAAAAUGGCAUCCUAACGAAGGACUUGCUGCUUGGCGUUCACCCUGAAUCGCCUGCCCUCAAAACCUCCCUGUGUCUGAAAGAGCAGAGCCUGCUCCCGGUGAACGACACGCUUCGCGCUAUAGAGGGCAGCAGCCCAGCGGAUAAUCGGUACUGCGACUACCCCGAGGAGUUCUCCAAGUCGGAGCCUGCUGUGGUCAGCUUGGAGUACGGUGUGGCAAGAAUGACUUGUUAGACCCCUUCAGUGUUGCCUGGACUGACUGUCGUGUAAGAAAUGUGGAGCUGGAGGAUGAUGCUCUGUACACGUGGCAGGAGGAUUUCUUGAAUGACUUUGGGGCUUAGCAGCAGGUGAAUAGUUGAGAAAGGGAUCAUGACUGCUCUUGAGACGAAUAAGUCAGCUAAGUGCCGUUUGUAGCAAGAGCGAUAUUGUUUCUGUGGGAAGUGGGUGGUAUUGGGCGCACUUACUGAAAAUGGUUUACACGGUACACCAGUGAGGGACAGGCUGUUGAUUCAGGUCUUAAUUACAACCAAGCUCAAGCAGCUUUCCUUAAGUGUAAUUUAACUGAGAAAACAGACCUGACAGUGUGACUCCUGAAUGACUGGCGCGGCAUGUGCUUUCAGGUCUGAGAUGUGUGACUCUUUGUGUAUUUUGCCACAUAGUGACAUUUUAACAUCGAAGUGCCAUGAGAAGUACUUCUGAGACAGCCUUAAAGUAAAUUCUCAGCUUUUUCUUUUGGUGUUACAGCCAUGGACAAGAUGUCUGAUUUCUCCUCAGUCAGCCUUACUUCAUGGAAAGAACUGCACUCUCAUUUCCUGACGGUCACACGCUGCGGCGGCGUUCCUGUACAGAGAGCCUAGACUCUGGCAGUUCGCAAUUGGCCAAGCCCACCAUGUUCAGUGCUAAGGCCUCGAGGGCUUUGUUCUGGUUGUCACUGGUUCGAGCUGCAGCUGACAGUUCAUUAUUUACAGCUUAGAGGACUGAUUCCUUAGACUAGUAUAAGCACAUUUGGCAUUUACUUUCAGAUUACUGCAUUCUCUUAAUUCUUGCUUCGUGGUUGGCUUUAAUCCUUUGAUAACUGUACGUUUAAAGUGGCAAAGCUCUAACGUGUUCCGAGUACUAACUACAUUCUGAAAUGCCUGAUCUCCUAGAGCAUUUCUCUGUCGUGUACCUGCCUGUGAACUUUCAGGUGAAGUAAAAUGGGGCGGACUGGUAGUGGGGGACUUCGCUUGGUUAUGUGAGUUUUGAAGCAAUCAUUUUUAUGUGGAAUAUGUUUCUUCUCUCUUAAAAUAUAGACGGAACAGAAAGGGAACACUGAGGGGAGCCAGUUAAUGUCCAACAAAAGCAGCUUUAGCUCUGGGAAGGGUUUGUUUUCUUUGUUACAGUCAUUGUUUAUUCUGUGCACUAGGGCGUACACAUCUUUUUCAAAAAUCACCUCCAAUUGACAGUAUUACCAGCUGGCUUUAAAACAGAGUCUAAUUCUAUGGAAGUCAUGAGGUACAGUUCAAGAGCACUAAGAAGUCUACAUAAGUUAUCAUACAUAUCUCCUGAUUACACCUGUAUCUAUAAUAUUUCUUGUAUUAGUUUUGAACAUAUGUAUCUGUUUUUGAACAAGAAGAAAGCUUUAUUGUAUGUGAUUUUUCUCUAGUCCUGUUUAUUUUUACAAUUCACUUCCAUAAAACCUAUGUAAUAAAAACACUGCAUUUUAAAAAGUAACAGAAAUGUACUAUAAAAAUAUAUAAUUAAUGGUGUUUAGACAUUGGGAAAGGAAACUUAAUCUCUGUGGCCACAACAGGAAGCUUUUGUGCCUUGGUUCUAUCAGGUUGUGGUUUUAGACUCCUCUAUGGCAGACUUCCUAUACUCAUCAUUUUGGUUCAUUAUGCUAAUCUCCAGCUUCACAUACACAUAUGUGUUUGCGUGCUCACACACAGAUAACAUCCUGGGUGACGUACAGGGUGUAUGUUGGCAAAAGUCUGUGUGAAUGUCUUAUAAAAUUGGAUUUAUGUUCAUUGUGUUUUGGGAUGUAUAGCAUGUAAAUUAUUUCAUGUAUUAUUUAAAGGCAAUUAAAUGUUCAUGUUUUA